CAGUUCUCCGCCGACCACUGAGCCUACAUAUAACGGCGACUCUUUACUUCCAAGAUCCACAUUUCUCGUCGUUCUCUUCCAUGAUGGAGUCACCGAGGGAAGAUAUGCAUGAAAGACUGGGGACGAUGGGCGUCAUAUUUGCCAUAUCUCUGUUCGCGGUCUCGUUCCCGGCAGUAUCCCAAGGAACAAAGCUCCUAUCAAUACCAAAAAUUGUGUUUUUUAUUGGGAAACAUUUUGGAACAGGCGUCAUUCUCUCUACAGCCUUUGUUCACCUUUUGAAGGACUCUUUUGAGGCCUUGUCAGAUCCGCUGGUCAAGUCUCGGUAUCCUGGUCUAUCAGAUCAAGUUGGGUUGAUCAUCUUGGGCGCUCUCUUACUCAUAUUUCUUGUGGAAUACCUCUCAACGUCCCUUGUCGACCAUUUACAUCGCCACGAUGACCAAGAAGACGAUGACGAACCGACAGUCAUUGCAGACACGCCCGAAAGAAUUGAAUCUUUGGAUGAAGCCACACCCCUUCUCCAGUCAUCAUUGUCAAGACAUGACCGCGCUCCCUCGUCGACAUUAUCGAGACACAACCAUGAACAUAAUCCCAUACAUGACGUGUUUCGACGCCAAAACUCACACUACCUGACCCCAAUCGUAACCAACAGCCCACGACACUGCAGAAGCUCUGAAUUCUUCUACAUACUGAACGAUGUCAACCAUCACAUCAACAACGGUGAAUAUCACCUAGUUGGGGGAGGAAAGAAGGGGGGCGCCUGUGUAGGCGUAUGUGUUUGCCCGGCUAGUCACGGAGCGUCUUUGAGAAACCCAAGACACGUUGAUGUACUUCCUCAGACCAGUCACGGAGAGCAGGAAGCACAAGAGGAUGAGAAUAAGCAAGACCCCCCGGAAUUAAGUAGAAAACGGCAAAUCGUUGGGAUCUUGGUUCUGCAACUGGGUAUUAUGAUACACUCCCUCGUGAUAGGUCUUACUCUCGCCAUUGCUUCUGGCUCGGAAUUCACCACUCUCACUACUGCCAUCAUAUUCCACCAACUCUUCGAAGGACUAAGUCUUGGCAUCCGAAUUGCCGCCAUCCCACCACCACGACUGCCUUCUCCUGGUACUACCCCCACUUUACCCCUCCACUGUUGCAAGCCAAGUGACGACACCAGCUCCCGGAUACGUAAGAUCGGAUGGCUUAGACCACUUCUCUCCUUUCUCUUCGCUGUGACGACCCCUGCUGGGAUCUGUUUGGGAAUCCUGGUGUUUUCAGUGGGGAAGCACUCUGAACAAGCGAAGAUGCUGUUGACGCAAGGGUUGAUGUCGGCCAUGUCGGCUGGUAUGUUAAUCUAUGCUGGAACAGUCGAGAUGCUUGCUGGUGAUUUCGUUUUUGCGAUCGGGGGCGGCGGAGGACACGGACAUUCACAUGGCGCAGAGUUUGUUCAGCACGAUGGUGAGGGAGAGGGAGGAAACGAAGAAAGCCAUCCGACUGAGGAGAGUAUUGGUACAUGGGGAAGGAAGGUGAUAGCGUUAGUGAGCUUGUUCUCGGGGGUCGUCGGAAUGAGCUUGAUUGGGCUUGGGGAGUGAUCGUGAUGCUUGGACACGAACUGUUAGAAUCGGCACUAACCCUUGACGAUUUUCAGUUUUGUAAAAUUACUUACUGCUGAUGUAGUGACGUCUUGUACCAUAUACAAUUACCUACUAAUUGGGCAGGACGUUCAGUGCCAUCUUUUCCCACUCUGAGGGCUGGUACUGAGGCGCCGUUUCACUCCCACGC